UGAGCUGAUCGCGGAGAAGCCACUUCUGCCAGCCCCGGCGCCUAUAAAUCGCAUUCCCUCCCGCGCCCCCCUUUUUAGCAUAUUUGAUCACUUUGAUUCUCUGUUCUUUUCUCUCCGCGGUGUGUGUGCGUGCGCGCGUGUGUGUGUUUCCUCUCCGCCUCCUCCUCUCCCCGAGUUGCCUUUCUCCGGGUGCCGUGCUGGCUUUUUUUCCCUCUUUCAUUCUUUCUCUCCGUCUUUUUUCCUCCCCGCGCUGCGCACGAAGGAUGUGCUUCUAGGUGGUGAUCUGCCCUCCUCUCUCUCUCUUAUCCUUUCUCCCCCGCCGCCGGCGAGUUGACUCUUUCCCUAUGUGUGUGAGGCGGCGGCGGCAGCAGCAGCAGCGGCUCCGGCGGUGGCAGCAGCGGCAGCAGCGGCUUCAGCGGCGGCGGCGGCGCUAGACGCGGCGGCUCCGGGCCCGACCCCGCGGCUUCGGCGGCGGCUCCGGCGGCGGCGGCGGCCCGGGCGGCCCGCAGGGAUCGGCGAGCGGCCUCCAUCCGGCGCGAGCGGGCGGCGGCGGCCGGAGCGAGCCGGGCGCCCGGGGCAGGCGGCGGCGGCGGCGGCGGCCCAGCGCCAGGACGACGCCGCGCAGCGCCCGACGCGGACCACUUUCAUGCUGAUUCCCCCGGACCCGGGCAGCGCUCCGGCCACUCCGCGGGCCGCCGGCCUCCGCCCCGGCCUGCCCGGCCCUCUGGGCGCCCCUGCGACCGGCGCCUCCGCGCUCCUAGUCCUCCCGAUUUCGAUGGCUUUCCUGAAUGGCUGACUGUGGGCUGCCCUGGACUUGGCCCCCGGACAGUCGACUCUCCUCCUUCUCUUCCUCCUCCUCUACCUCCUCCUCCAACUCCUAGGCACACCGGCUCUGAGCGCGAGAGAGGGAGGGAGAGCGAGCGAGCGAGAUCUUUGGAGAGAUUUUUUUUUUUUUUUUUUGCCUCCUACUUCUCUCUUGAAGCCAGACAAUCGACUUGCAGCUCUCCCUCCCCUCCCUCUCUCCACGUUCUGCUCCCACUCCCUCUCCCCGGCCCUUCCCCUCCCCUCCUGGAGGAAAGCCCCCCGAAAGCAACAAAGCUGAGCCGAGGGACACAAACAAAACAAACACACCGGGCCAGACCAGCCACCGCCAAAACUUUGCAAAAGCAGAAACAAAAAAGGAAAAACUAACCAACCUCAACCAACCAGCCCCCCGAGCCACCCGGGGCGCCCUCCCGCGCCCUCGCGCACACAAAAGGCGGCGCACCGGAGCCCGCGACCCCGGGAGCCGCCGCCGCCCGCAGCCAGGGGAGCAGGAAGCCCGGACGCGGCCCCCAUAGAUAUGGCAAUGGUAGUCAGCACGUGGCGCGACCCCCAGGACGAGGUGCCCGGCUCGCAGGGCAGCCAGGCCUCGCAGGCGCCGCCCGUGCCCGGCCCGCCACCCGGCGCCCCGCACACGCCGCAGACGCCCGGCCAGGGGGGCCCGGCCAGCACCCCGGCCCAGACGGCGGGCGGCGGCCAGGGGGGCGCCGGCGACAAGCAGCAGCAGCAGCAGCACAUCGAGUGCGUGGUGUGCGGGGACAAGUCGAGCGGCAAGCACUACGGCCAGUUCACGUGCGAGGGCUGCAAGAGCUUCUUCAAACGCAGCGUGCGGAGGAACCUCAGCUACACGUGCCGCGCCAACCGGAACUGUCCCAUCGACCAGCACCACCGCAACCAGUGCCAGUACUGUCGCCUCAAAAAGUGCCUCAAAGUGGGCAUGAGACGGGAAGCCCAUCCCAGACUCGCCCCUCCCGCUCCCUCUCCUCCAAUCAAUAAGAAAUAUCAGCUGUUUAGCAAUAAAGAAGAAAGAUGCCCCCAGAACGCUGCUUCCCGCCCACCGCGCCGGGACCCCGAGGCGAAGUGGCCAAUUCCGGCGGUCCAGAGGGGCAGGAUGCCGCCCACCCAGCCGACCCACGGGCAGUUCGCGCUGACCAACGGGGACCCCCUCAACUGCCACUCCUACCUGUCGGGAUAUAUCUCUCUGUUGCUGCGCGCGGAGCCCUACCCCACGUCGCGCUUCGGCAGCCAGUGCAUGCAGCCCAACAACAUCAUGGGCAUCGAGAACAUUUGCGAACUGGCGGCCCGGAUGCUCUUCAGCGCCGUCGAGUGGGCCCGGAACAUCCCCUUCUUCCCCGACCUGCAGAUCACCGACCAGGUGGCCCUGCUUCGCCUCACCUGGAGCGAGCUCUUCGUGCUCAACGCGGCCCAGUGCUCCAUGCCCCUCCACGUCGCCCCGCUCCUGGCCGCCGCCGGCCUCCACGCCUCGCCCAUGUCCGCCGACCGGGUGGUCGCCUUUAUGGACCACAUACGCAUCUUCCAGGAGCAAGUGGAGAAGCUCAAGGCCCUGCACGUGGACUCCGCCGAGUACAGCUGCCUCAAGGCCAUAGUCCUGUUCACCUCAGAUGCCUGUGGUCUGUCGGAUGUAGCUCACGUGGAGAGCUUGCAGGAAAAGUCCCAGUGCGCCUUGGAAGAGUAUGUCAGGAGCCAGUACCCCAACCAGCCAACGCGAUUCGGGAAGCUGUUGCUUCGCCUCCCUUCCCUGCGCACCGUCUCCUCCUCAGUCAUAGAGCAAUUGUUUUUCGUCCGUUUGGUAGGUAAAACCCCCAUCGAAACCCUCAUCAGGGAUAUGUUACUGUCCGGCAGCAGUUUUAACUGGCCGUAUAUGGCAAUUCAAUAAAAAAAAAAAAAAAUCCAAGUCAGAAGGGAGAGAGAAGCAGAGAAAGCAAAGGCAAAAGACUGGUUUGUUUGCUUAAUUCCUUCUGUUAAGAAAGGAUAUAAAAGGAUGUUACACGUUUGCUAAAAAAAAAGAAGAGAGGGGAAGAACUUAAUGGACUGUGAAUUUCCAAAAAAUUAAGAGACUGUCAAAUGAACUUUUACAGAAUGCAUUAAAAAAAAAACCAACUCCUGUGUCGGUCAGAACAACUUGCUACUUAUCAUUUUUUUUUUGUAUAAAAAGGAAAUUAGUCUUUUUCUCUUUUUUUUGGUAAAUUUUUGAAAAAUAUUGCUAAAAGUGCAUUUAAGGAGAUUGGGAGAAAAUUAGCAGAAUGGAGAAAGUAAGUCUUUUUUUUUUUUUCUCCAAAUUAUUCAUUGUCCUGUGUCUGUACCUCUAGCUGUUCUCUUUUUGUAUUUUCCUGGUUCUAAACCAGUUUACUCUGUGGUUCUAUAAUAAGUUUUGAUAUAAUCUUGGCUUCUUAAAAACUGUGUAUCCUUAAAAUAUAUGUUCUGCAAGAAUUAAAACUGAGUCCAUGAAAAUAUCAUAGGAAGACAUUAAAACUUUUUAAAAGGAAACUCAGAACUGAUGGGAACGCACUUAUAGGUGAUGGCCAAAAAUUUUAGGUGAAGUUGAGCUAAUUUGAGAUCUGCAAGAACCACAUACAACACUUAACUCCCCCUCCCUGUCGCCCCCCCCCAAAAGACACCAAGACAAACCUAGCUUUUUAAAAAAUAUUUUAAGAAAGAGAAUGAACUGUGGAAUUUAUUGGCAGCCAAGGAAUGUGUCCAAGACACAUGCUGAGGUUUUGAAUAAAAAGUGACUUUUGUAAUUUGAAUUGGGUCCCGCUUAGUUCUUGAAUUGUUAUGAAAAAUCCUCUAUCUGUUUGUAUAUUUGCAAACCCUUUGUAUUAUAACUGUUGAUAUUCCCUUUUUAAAAAAAAAAUACCCAUUGAAAUCAGCAUGACAAAAUAACACUGUUGGCACUUAUAGAUAAUGUGAUUGAUUCAGUAUCUUAGAGUUUACAGUUUGUGUUUUAAAAAAAACUGAAGGUUUUUUUUUUAAAGUGCAACAUUUCUGUAUACUGUAAAAGUUAUAAUAACUGAACUGUUUGGUCGAGUCUUUGUGUGUUAUAUUCCAAGGAAAAUUUGAAAGUAUUCAGAAAUUAAAAUAUUAUUUGAUAUCUGAAACCUGUUUGGCUGUCCCCACUCACUGACUUGCCAUGGACAAGAGCCCCCCUCUAAGAGCUGUCCCCAGUGGGGCUGCAGGGCACACUUGUUUACGAUCCCCAGUUUGUUCCAAAGUGGACCAGUGUUAUUGCCUGCUUAAUUUGGGAAUGUUGGGGGGGAGGGGAAGCUGAAGUUAAUGGUUUAUCUAUGGUUUUAGGAAGUGCCAUCCUGAUUUGGUAAACCACCCCCCUUCCCCUAAUCCUCUUUUUAAUUAAAAAUGGAUUUUCCAGGAAAAAAAAAUAAAGGCCCUUAUAUUUGUCACACUUAAGUGCCUGCUUAGGGAAGAGAAGGUAUUGUGCAAAGUCUUAGAAAUCUGGAGAUCAGUAUCUAUUUUAUGAUCAGGAAAAAAAAAUAGUGUUUUGUACAUUUCUGACGCAGGAGACUGUGCUAGGAGUUUUUCCUGAAGUAGGUGUGAUUUUAAAAUAUAUAUAUAUAUUCUGUGGUUCUUACCUAGCGUAGCUGUUGAGAGGAUUUUGAAUGCUGUGCUGAGGGGUCUGCUUUUACUGUCUGUGUGACAACUGCCUGUCCCCUCCCCGCUUCCGUGAGGGCCUGACACAGGGCCACUGGCGUUCUGUGCCUGAAAACUCAUGGACAUCCUGACAUUUCAGACUGUGUGGACGCACUGCUCAUGGGACCCUUGGUCCUGAGGAGCCAAAUUAAGAAAAAGGAGAGAGAGGGAGAGAGAGGAGGAAGGAAGGAAACUUGACUGACAGGGUGUGCUGAGUGGAAGUAGGGGCUAUUUUGUCUGGGAGACUCUUCCCUCCUCCCCAACCCACCCCCCUUUCCCGGUGUGGAGAAAGCUCAGCUCCUGGGAGCUUGCAAUUUUGUUCUUGUUGAGGCUCUGUCUCCAGCACCCCACCCCCCAUUUCCCUGUGUUGUGGUUUAAUUUAAAAACGGGGUGGGGAGGGGAGGAGAAAGAAAAGGGGUCAUUUUGCAAAGUCUAUUAAACUUGGCGACUCAGGUGCCAGGCGGUGCAUGUAGAGCAGGACUCUGGUGUGAUGUGAGCAUCUGGGCAGGUCCCCAUCGCACCCUCCGCUUCCUUGGGUAGCUCCGCACGCACAUACAUGACUCUAAGCAUGUUCUUGGGCAGAAGAGCCCUGACCUUUUGGGUCGAGGUUCUGUGGGUCCUUGUCUCCUGGGUGUCUCCUGUCUCCUCUCGCACCAAGUGCUGUCCAUGCAGAACGUGUGAAGUUGGUCCAGUUAAAGUCACACACAGGCCCGGCUCCUGCCUUGUUUUGUGUUAGCUUCUUGUAAACAGCCAUUUGUUGUAAAUUAUUAUUGGCAUUAAAUGAUAAUUGAUGAUUUUUCCAA